AUGCGCCUCGCCCUCCAAACGCUCCUGUUCGCCGCGCUCGCCGGACUCGUGAGUGCACACUUCCAGUUGCAGUUCCCCGCACCCCGAGGCGCCUUCGUCGAAGACCAAGAGCCAACUUUCUGUGAUGGAUAUAACACUGCGUCGAGCAAUCGCACAGCGUUCCCGCUAAGCGGGGGAUUUUACUCGCUGAACUCUGAACACCCGAGGUGGACAGUUGGUGUUUUAGUGUCCACGGCUGCGAACCCUACAUCAUUCGACAACUUUUCCCAAGCCCUGCCGUUCACACAGUUGACGGGAGAAGGGGCCUUCUGCUUACCCUUGAACUUCGCGACUUCCAAUGUCACAGGGCUCAGUGAAGGCCAGAACGUUACAAUUCAGAUCCAGUUCGAUGGCGGGGACAGCCCUCUCUUCCAGUGCGCCGACGUUACGUUGACGAAUAAUGCAUCUCUAAGCAGCGUUUCGUGCACGAAUGCGACUCAGCAGGGUACCAAUGGUGGACUAUCGGCGCACUAUGAUACCCUUGGAAUCAUGCCCAUGCUUCUGGCUGUCUUCCUCAUGAUAUCUGGAUGGAUAUUAUAG